GACGCGGAAGUCAGAGGAAGGCUGCAGUUCCCUCAUCGAAUCUUUGUUGUAAUGUUCACCAUUUGCUUUUCUCCUCUGCUAGAAUUGUUUUUUGUUUGUGUGGGAGCUUUUGGCCUAAUGUAGUAACACCAGAGGUAAUCACCGCCCUGGACAGGAUUGGUUUGAUGAAAGUUGUAAGGAAUGAGAAAAGCAAACCUAUCUUCCUCAUAUAGCUGUAUCACAUGAGGAGGUCAAUGCCCAUUCAUCUCAGAAAUUGCGAGCAGUGCCUUGACCACAAGACAAAAGUAUACCAAGUAAGCCUCCCAGAAGAUCUAUAAGAAUGUGGCAUCUUGUGGAAAACUACCCCACAAUGCAUAGUUUAUGGGUUUAUAGCUUGGUGUUCAUAUUUGGAUUCCUUGAGUGCUAUUGUAAUAAUGCAACAAGCAACUCUGAGGUUAGAUUACUUCUCGUGUCCUUUGAUGGAUUCAGGGCCGAUUAUCUUGAGCAAUACAACUUUCCUAACCUUCAGAAAAUGAUUGUUGAUGGAGCCCAUGUGAAAUAUGUAACAAAUGUGUUUGUUACCAAAACCUUCCCAAAUCAUUAUUCCAUUGUCACAGGCCGCUAUGCAGAAAGCCAUGGUAUUGUGGCCAAUUACAUGUAUGAUGCAGCCACCAAAAAGAAUUUUUCAAGCUCUGAAGAUAAAGACCAAUUUUGGUGGAAUGAAGCCACUCCAAUUUGGAUAACUAAUCAGCAACAAGGGCACAAGAGUGGUGGAGUAAUGUGGCCUGGUACUGAUGUGUCAAUACAUAAUACAACUCCUUCCUAUUACUUGAAAUAUGACCGCAAUGUCAAGUUCAAUGAGAGAGUCAACCACAUUAUAGAAUGGCUUUCCAACUCAACAGAACCCAUUAAUUUUGGUGCAUUGUAUUGGGAAGAGCCUGAUGCCACUGGACACCAUUAUGGACCUGACAGUCAAGAACUGAAAAAAAUGUUGAAGGAAGUGGAUAAUCAUAUUGGCUAUUUAAUUGAUCAACUUCAAAAGACUGGACUCUGGAACACAAUUAAUGUAAUUAUCACCAGUGAUCAUGGGAUGGCGCAGUGUUCUAAAAAGAAAGUUAUAGAGCUGGAUAAUUGCAUUGGACGUGGUAACUACACUGAGGUGACUUACUCUCCAGUAACAGCUAUAUUGCCCCUUACAGACAUAAAGUAUGUAUACAAAUUGCUGUCAAACUGUGAUAGUCACAUGAAGGUAUAUUUGAAAGAAGAUAUCCCGGACCGUUUUCACUACAAACAUAAUGAAAGGAUUCAACCAAUUCUGCUUGUUGCUGAUGAAGGGUGGACAAUUGUUCAGAAUGGAUCAAUCCCCCAGUUAGGCGACCAUGGUUAUGAUAACACUUUACCAAGCAUGCAUCCUCUUCUGGUAGCUCAUGGACCAGCAUUUCGAAAGGCUUACAAAACCAACACAAUCAACAGUAUUGAUAUCUACCCACUGAUGUGCCACAUCUUGGGACUGAAAGAGGAGCCUAACAAUGGAACUUUCACGAAUGUGAGAUGUUUGCUGGUAAAUGAAGUCUGUGUGAGUCUACCAGAUGUGGUUGGAAUUGUGAUUGGCUCCUUGAUGGUAUUGGUAACAUUGUCCUGCCUUGUAAUACUAAUGAAAAAGCGAAUGUCACCUCAGCAUACAUUUGCUCGACUCCAGUUGCAGGAUGAUGAUGAUGAUCCUUUAAUCGGAUAGUUUUAAGGCUACCAGUGUGAAAAGUCAGCAGUGAAAUAUAUUUUAUAAUUUUAAGGUGGCAGAAGGCAAAAAAUGAUUUCUUUUUAAAGAUGUUAGCAAUGGAAUUAUUUUUCUUUCCAUUUUCCAAGUACCUUUCAAUACUGCAGACUUCUCUAACUUGCAAAUUCUAGUGGUGAAAUCACCCAAACGUAAUAGCUGUCUUCAAAAGUCACACAAUUAAUGAGAUUCAGAAUUCUGUUCUUAAUCAUACUAAUUCCUGCCACAUUUGAAAACAUUCAAUUUUUUAAUAUACCCUGUCUGUAUUGUCAGUCUUGAAUUGAAGUCAAUAAAUUUCUCGUGCAGUUUGGUUUGCAAAUGACUGUGUAUAUACAGCUCAAACUCUUUAAAUUGGCAUAAGAAAAUUUCUAGUAGAUUAGAAGUGAUAUGUUAGAAAGCAGUUCAAAUGAAACGGAAACAAAACCAGGAAUUCCCUGAUUACCGACACCUCGUGUCACUGCAUAGUUGUCAUGAACUGAGAUGGAGCUGAUUACAGUAUUCAGCAGAUCUACUGUGAAUAUUUAACACCUUGUUGAGAAUUAAAUUGUUGCCGAUGUUUGGGGUGACACGAGAUCAAGGUUCCGAGUUCUGCAUUUCUUUCUGAACUUACAUAAAUUUGAGAAACUGUAGAUACUGAAAUCACAAAAAUCAAACCUAAUCAGAGUGCACUGAUGAUGCAGGUGUAUUUAUAUUUAGAUUAGGUAAUUUGUCCAUGCUACAAAAGAGGUUAAUGCAAUCAGGUUUCAUGACAAAGUUAAUUUGUCCAGCCAUAGUGCUGAAGUGUUUGUGAGAAAAUCUAGAUUGGAUCUGAUCGUACUGUAGCCUUGGCAGUGGCAAUAUGAGAGUCCCAGGUCCUGAUUUUUAAAAAAUGGCAGCCACAUAAAAUGUAGUGAGAAUGUAUGUAACAGAUAUUUUUAGGAGAAAGUAUGGAGCCAAAAUAAAGGAAACAUAAUAUAAAUAGAUGAGUAAGAGAAUAGGGAAAGGGGGACAGUCUAUGGAAGUAAAGUGUUAAGAUUAAUUACAAUGCUUUAGAUAAUUUGCAGAAUAAUACUAUAGUAAGCCUUGAUAUUUGAGGUACUUUUAAUGCUUGUAAUGCCAUGACUUUCUCCAGUGUGACACUGUAUUAGAGGUCUAUUGUUUUUAAGUUAGCUCUGAUUUGCUGGCAGUCAAAGGGUUAAUAGAUUGACAUCUACGGUGUCUGCAUUUUCACAAAAUUAUUGAAUUGUUUAUCUGGCAAUACACAAGUAAAGAUAGGACUAAAAUAUGGUUUAAGCAGAUUUGCUUUGGAGACGAGACUUUCUAGGAUUUAUAUGGGGAGGGGCAAAUGGAGUGUGUAUAUAUAGGACUUUUCAAAAAAUUCUGAAAGUAAUAAAUGUUUAUUUUGGCAAGUUGCAUUUAAACAAAUUUUUAUUCAAAUUAGCUUUUUUAAAGAUGGCCCAUUUUAUAAAAGAGCAUUGAGCAAAUUUACCACUUCUAUUGCAAACACUAUGAUAUUAAGGAUUAAUACUUCUAAUGCUUGCAAUAUAACACAAUAGCAGUUGUGAUGGAUUUUUAACCAUCCAUCAUAAACCCAGUGUCCCAUUUAAAGUUUGUACUUUAAAUGGUCAAGAAUAUCAAGUCCUUGAAGUUAUGACCAAACUAUCUCAUGACAGUUUGAGUAGAUGUUGAUCAUACCUAUAAAUCUGUUCUCCAGUACUUACAGAACUGGAGUAGUGAACAUGUCAAAUGCUAGCAGGCAAGCUUGUGCUUUAAUGAUGUGUCUGGCUGGCACAAGGAUGUACCUUUAUUUAGGUCAAAACAAGAGAUGACAUGAAACAUUUAUUGAGUAUUUCUUGGUGCACUGGCAAUUGCAGAUGGAAUCUUGUGGAGGUGACGGGGGUCUCGACCACUGGCUGAAGAGCCAGGUGAAGCCCGUCAACUAUCUUUGGGAAGGCCUGCAGCAUCUCAUUCUACUCGGGGCCUUGACAGGCCAGCGUCAGGUCUCCCCUCAGGAUCAAGGACCCUAGGUGCAGAUGUCCUGCCUGCCGAGAGCUGCCAGCGAAUUACAGGCCAGCAGCUUUAGUGAACAAGCACCACCAGCGGGAGUAAUGGCUGCUGCUGGUAUGACACCCACCUGAGGCCUAUGAUCGGUACUGGAUCCCAAGCCUGAGGUGGGGGUGUGGGGGGGAUCACUGGGGAGGAGGUACAGGGGUGGGGUGGGGGUCAAUAGCAAAAGCACGGGAGUGGCUCUCAAGUGGAACUCCCUCUUCAUUCCUGAUGCCAGGUUCCUCGAUCUAGCAUUGUGCCUUUUAAUAAGGGGAUUCCACUGGAAGCCCGUAAACACCCCCACAUGGCAAGACCCUGUCUUCUGCAAAGUUAAUAUCAGCAGCGGGGGGGAUGAGGCCCUUUAAAUGGGCAUUAAUUGCUCACUUAAGGGCCUCAGUUCGGGCCUGAACUGAGGUGGAAGCAUGAAAGUGGUGGGGUCCCCGCCUGCCACCUUCCCAACUGAUUAAAUGCCCCCCGCCACCAAACCCACCAUGGGGGAGGGCACCAGAUUCCAUGCCCAUGUGAUAAAUGUUGUAAAUGCCUUAUUUCUGAAUUCACCGUUGAAUGGGAAAUGUCUCAAAACAUUUUAACUCCAUUUGCAUCUUUAUCAACUAAGCAGUUUUUAAAAAAGAGCCUAUGUGAACAACAUUAGAUUGAAAACCUGAAAGACUUUUGACACCGAACUGAGGGUGGCAACAAGAUGCAAACAAUAUGUAUUGCAUAUAGAUUAUUUCUAUAUAUUUAUAAGCUGUUAAAGGCAGUACAAAUUCUAGUUGUUAGAAUACCUUUUGCUGCUUGGUUUAUAUUUGUCUUCAAUAUUUUGAUUAUUUAAUAGUUUCUCUUUACAGAUUUUUCUAAUACAAAGUGUGAACUUUCUUCACCUAUUUUAUGCUAGCUAAUAAAAUGUGAGAAUUCUUGUCAAGUCUCACACAAAAAGUAUAUGUUUGAAAGGUAACCAAACAAUACAAUCAGGAAAUAAUUGACCUCAACCUGCCAAUAAAAUUAUACUAAAUAUCUGCCUGUCAGUCUGUUAUAUCACUUGUAUACUCCUAAAUCAGCACUCCCAUUGUAUAUUUGAUUGACAGCUCUGAGAUGGAGUUUCUACAGUUAUUUGUGCUCAACAUAGUUAGAGGUUCAACCAUACUAGAUGUGUGACUCCAGGUAAAUAGUUUGCUUCCUGUAAUUUUAGUCUUCCUUAUUACUUGAAUAGUUAUAAAGUCCAUGCAGUAGUAGUAGUAGUAUAUUUGUCCUAUUCUGUAGAGAUAAGCUACCUAGGAGCACUGAUGAUCCAACCCCAAAGGUCCAUUGAUGAAUUUUGGUACCCCAUCCUUUAGCAGCUUUUCCCAUUUUAACAUGUUUCUGGCCCAGGGAUUAAUUUUCAGGUGCCAAUGAGGUAUCAAGCUCAGUCUUGAGUCUUUUAGUUUUUGAUUGAAGCCCAUUUAUAGCCAAAGCCCAUUAUUUUCCUUCCACUUAGACAAUAUUAAUGAGAAGUUACAUUAAAUGUUAGCAAAAUGAAAUGAAAAUAAACAUAGAAAGGAAAUAAAGAAUGAAGAAAAUAGAUGGAAACAAAGGGAGUACAGUGAGCGAUAGUAGUAAAAUUAUUUAAAAUUGGGUGUUUAGCACAGGAAUAUGUUACAAUUUAAUUCAAAGGGAGUAGGGGAGUUCUGGUAGACUCUUGGCGAAUAUUUACUCCUCAACCAACAUCUGGUCAUUAAAAUAAAAAGCAAAAUACUGCAGAUGCUGGAAAUCUAAAACUAAAACAGAAAAUGCUGGAAAAACUUAGCAGCUCUGGCAGCAUCUUUGGCAAGAGAAACAGUAAACAUUUUAAGUCCAAUAUGAUGACUUUGGAACUUGAAUAAUCAUGUCAUUGAUGUUUGUGAGCACUUGUUAUGCACAAAAAGGCUGCUACGGCUCCUGUAUCAGAACAGUGACUACACUUCAAAGUAUAUAAUUGGCUACAAAGCAUUUUGGGGCUUUGUGAGGUUGUGAAUGCAAUUAAAUGUAUAAAAUGGCACUUUAGCUUUUCGUACAAAAUGAGAAAUAUAUCCACCCUAUUACCUUUCAAAAACUACAUAAAAAAAAUAUAAAUUUGAAGUGCAGCAUGUUUGUCCCUAGAAGUGAAUCCUCAUCCAAACUUCAUAAUUUGUUGUUCCAAUCUUUCUCUUCACUGUUGUACCAAUGUACUAAUCCAAUAUGAUCAUGUUCCACUUGUGGUUAGGUAAUGAGGUUUGUCAUUGUACAACAUAAACAUAAUCUCUGUUACUUGCAUUAUGCGGCAAUCACAUUAUAGUUGGAGAUGUUUGGUUCAACCUGUGUAAAUUAGCACUGAACUUAAGGAGUUACUGUUGUUUCUGUACUUGUCAAAAUGAUAGGGAAAGAACAAGCAACUCCCAAACUGCUGUUGUAAAUAUGAGCUUUAAGUUGUGUGCAAUUCUUUAGAUGUACUUGCUUUGGGACUGGGGUUCUUUGUUUUCUUAAGUCAAAACACAACUUUCCACAUUCAUCAUCAUCAUCAUCCUCAACAGAGUGGAUGCUAAACAACUGUGGUAAAGAUAUUGAUAUAUAAAUUAGCGUACAGGCAGUCCUCAGACUUGGGACACAAUUGUUUCCUGAAAACCAUGUCUUAAGUCGAAACGUUGUAACUCGGAACUGAUUUUCCCAUAAGAACAAUGUUAUAAAUGGAUGAUUGGUUCCUGAGCCAAGGCCUGAUCCCUUAUUUUCAGCAAAAUAACCCAGAAUAUGGAACUUGAUGAAUUAUUGAUGAGUAAUAUAGCUAUAUUCAUGUAUUUAUGUUGUAAAUAUGGCAAAGAAAAGUUACAUUUUAAGAAAAAGUUUGGAAACACAAAAAUUGACCAAGUAAAAAUGGUGUUGGAACAGCAACUGAGCAUCUUGAGUCAGAGAUGGGUGGUGCAGAAUGUCAAUGCGCACAUAUGAACAUUUGAACAUGUUUGCUGGCAUGGCGUGGGAAAGUCAAAACAGGGUGUCAAUUUACAAACGGUGUAAAUGCCGUUCGUCGUAACUACAACGUUGUAAAGUUGAGGACUGUCUAUGUAUUUCUUAAACUAGUGUUUAUCUUUUGGUCAUCAUUUCUAAAACUGAAGAUACCUGUAUCUAAUUUCUUUCAAUUUAAUAUUUUAGUAAUACACUGAACCUUAAGGUGACAUUCAAUCUUAAUGGGCUACUCCAACAGCUGUAUGGUGAUUUUAGAAUUGAAGUGUUGUGUCAUUUAUGUAUUCAUUUUGAAACAUUUGAGAAUAAAUAGUAUUUCUGCAUCCUUUUUAAAAUAAGAUUAAAAUUGAUGUACUAUGUUCCAAAAUUACAGAAUGAUAAAUAUUAGUGUUUAUAGACCAAAAACCUGCUUCAGUCCUCAGAAGGUGAGAAAUAAAGAUAUUUUGGCACAUAAUGACUGUGAAGUAGCGUUCUCAGAAAUUGGCACUGUCCUGCUCAUUUAUUUGGAUUCUGAAAUAUGAAUAAAUAUUUUUUCAUUUAUAAAUAA